AUGGAAAUACCAACAAUGAACAGCGUAAGAAACGCAGCCUUAGUAGGUUAUCUAUUGAUCAAUGAAUCGAAUCCUCUUUGCAUUGGGCCAACUGGAAGCGGGAAAACGUUGACAGUAAGCGCCAAACUUAUGAGACACAUGCACAAAAAGUACAUCUGCGACUUUAUUACUUUCUCUGCCAGAACUACCGCAAACCAGACUCAGGAUUUAGUUGACGAAAAAUUGAUCAAAAGGCGUAGAGACGUGUAUGGACCGCCAUUGCUUCGAAAACAAGUAUUUUUCAUCGAUGAUUUAAACAUGCCUGCACUUGAUACAUUUGGAGCUCAGCCUCCACUUGAAUUGGUCAGACAAUUCAUGGAUUUUAAAGGAUGGUACGACCGAAAGGACAUCGGUUUAUUCAGGUGGAUCGAAGACGUAAAUUUUAUCGCUGCGAUGGGACCGCCUGGUGGCGGUAGAAAUCCAGUAACUCCCAGAUUGUUGCGACAUUUCCAUUUCAUUGCAUUCCCGGAAAUGGAGGAAGACGAUAAGAGACACAUUUUCGGGACGAUUCUGAAAUCCUGGUUGUCCCUCACUCCUUUUAUACACAUGCUGGAUGUUUUUAUAACCACAACAUUGAAUUUGUAUACAAUCAUAUGCAAAGAAAUGUUGCCGACACCUCUCAAGUCCCAUUAUACUUUUAAUCUUCGUGAUCUCAGUAAAGUGUUUCAGGGAAUGCUUAUGGCGAAUCCACAAAAAAUAGAGCAUCUGAACAAGUUAUUAUUACUCUGGUAUCACGAAAAUGUACGAGUGUACAGCGAUCGAUUAAUAAACGACGAAGACCGGAAUUGGUUCGAUCAACUCUUGCGAAAUAUGAUGAAAACAGAAUUUGAAUGUGAUCCUAACGAAAUUAUCGGUGAUCAAAUAAUAUUUUUCGGUGAUUUCAUGGGAGUCAUCAAAGAAUAUGAAGAAAUAAUCAAUCACAAAAAAAUGCAAGAAGUAUUGGAAGAAUUUCUCGAAGAUUAUAAUGCUAUCUCUGUAAGCCCUAUGAAGCUAGUACUAUUUCAAGAUGCCAUAGGUCACAUAUGUAGAAUAAAUCGAAUUAUACGACAGCCUCGAGGAAAUGCUCUUCUCCUAGGAAUGGGAGGAUCAGGAAGACAAAGCUUGACAAGAUUAGCUGCACAUAUACAAGAUUUCAAUUGCUUUCAAAUAGAAUUAAGUGGUAUCUAUACGGCUCAUGACUGGCACGAAGAUAUAAAAAAAUCAAUGAUGUAUGCCGGGGUGCAGAAUCAACUUAUCGUUUUCCUAUUUUCUGAUACGCAAAUAAAGGACGAUUCCAUGCUAGAAGAUUUGAAUAGUGUUUUAAACAAUGGUGAUGUUCCCAAUAUAUACAAAGUGGAUGAAAUGGAAAAGAUUUAUCACUCUAUGCGUGGAGCAGUACAGGAAGCAGGUUUAGCAAUUAAUAGAAGCAACCUUUUCUCCGCCUACGUGAAAACAGUCCGCAAUAAUUUACAUGUCGUCAUUACAAUGAGUCCGAUCGGUGAAGUUUUUCGUGCUCGUAUCAGACAAUUUCCAGCAUUAGUAAAUUGUUCAACGAUCGACUGGUUUUGUCCGUGGCCAGAAGCUGCUCUUCAAAGUGUUGCAAUGACAUUUCUCAUUGAUAUACAAGACGAGUCGAUUACUGAUGAUGUGUUGCAGUCGAUUGUAAAAAUGUGUCAAUAUAUGCAUUCGAGUGUGAUUGAAGCAAGUGAUCUCUAUUUGAAGGAAUUGAAUCGUCAUAAUUAUGUUACGCCCACGUCGUACCUUGAAUUAUUAUCCAGUUACGGUAAUCUCUUAGAAAAAAAGAAAAUGGAAUUGAUGUCAGCAGCACAUCGUCUUACUACAGGUUUGGACAAAUUGGCACACGCGGAAGUAGAAGUAAAGAACAUGCAGCAAUUAUUGGCGGAAAUGAAGCCAAAAUUGGAAAGAGCAGCAGAGGCAACGGCUAGAAUGAUCAAAAGAAUUACUCUCGACACUAUUGAGGCAGAAAAGACGAGGGCAGAGGCGAAGCUACAAGAAAGUUUAGCAGAAAAAAUGAAAAUUGAGAAUCAAGCUAUUAGGGACGAAGCGGAAGCAGAUUUGAGUGAAGCGCGUCCUAUGUUGAUAGCCGCCGAGAAGAGCUUAAAGGCUUUGAAUAGGGGCGAUGUUACCGAGGUAAAGGCGAUGAAAAGGCCUCCUCCCGGUGUGAUCUUAGUUAUCGAAGCAGUUUGUAUUAUAAACAACGUGAAACCGCACAAGAUUGAAGUGACAGGAAGAUUUGGAGAAAAAGAAACAAAAUUGGAUUAUUGGACGCCUGGUAGUCUGUUACUCGCGGAUCCAGGCCAAUUUUUGUACUCCAUGGAGAAUUUUGACAAGGAACAACUUACAGAGGAAAUAAUCAAUAAGCUAAAAGUCUAUAUUGAAGACCCUAACUUCCAGCCAGCUAAGAUUGAAUAUGUAUCAAAGGCGUGCCAUUCAUUCUGUCUAUGGGUGCACGCGAUGUACAACUGGUACUUCGUGAAUAAAAAAGUGAAGCCAAAGAUGGAAGCGUUGGCAAAGGCCGAGGAAGUACUUCUUGAGACCGAGAAGGCUCUGAGCGCCGCAAUCGAAAGGCUGAAAGAAGUGGAGGAAGGUAUCGCCUUAUUGCGAAAGCAUCUUCAAGAGGAAGAGGAAAGGAAAGCCGAACUUGAGAAGCAAAAGCAGCUUUGCGAGGACAGAAUGGGAAGAGCUGUCAGACUAAUAGUAGGUCUUGCUGGGGAACAAAUACGUUGGGCUUCGACUGUGGUUGAACUUCGUGAUUCUGUGAAAAAUGCCGUUGGUGAUAUUCUGCUGGCCUCAGGUGCAAUAGCUUAUUUGACACCGUUUACGGAUGUAUACCGAGAAAGACUUUUAGAUUCCUGGAAAAAAGUUCUCGGUGAAGGCGUGCCGCAUACGCCAGGCAGCGACCCUGUAUCGACUCUGGGAGAUCAGGUGGAGAUAAGAAAAUGGCAAAUCGAGGGGUUACCUAGAGAUAUGUUAUCCGUGGAGAAUGCCGUCUUGGCAAUGCAUUCGAAACGUUGGCCACUUUUCAUAGAUCCCCAAGCUCAAGCGAACAAAUGGAUACGUGCUUUAUAUAAAGAAGAAGGUAUAUCCAUUGCAAGAAUGACAGAUAAAGAGUUGCUUCGUGUAGUCGAGUCAUGCGUUCGAUUCGGAAGAGCUUGUCUUAUUGAGAAUAUUGGUCUUGAGCUGGAAGCUGGUUUGGAUCCAAUUUUCUUAAGAUCAUUAUUCGAACACGGUGGCCAAUGGUGUGUUAAAGUUGGGGAGAACAUUGUUCCUUAUAAUACAGAUUUCCGUCUUUUCCUUACAACGAGGCUCGCAAAUCCUCAUUACACGCCAGAAGUAUGCGUGAAAAUACUAUUGGUUAACUUUGCGCUCACUGCAACCGGUCUCGAGGAUCAGAUGUUGUCUUUGGUCGCGAUUCAAGAACGACCUGAUCUUGAGCAAGCGAGAAACGCUUUGAUUUUGGCCAAUGCUGAAAUGAAAAAAGAACUAUUGGAAAUUGAAGAUAGAAUUUUAUAUCGAUUGACCGUGUCCGAGGGCUCUGCAGUCGACGACAUGGAUCUUAUUCUCACCUUAGAGGCAUCCAAAAUUAAAAGCGAAGAAAUCAAGGUAAAAAUGAAAGAAGCCGAGAUUACUCAAGCAGACAUCGACAUGACCAGAUCGCUCUACAUACCCGUGGCAGUUCAGGGGCGGAUUCUAUACUUUUGUCUGUCCGAUCUGCAAUAUAUCGACACUAUGUAUCAGUACUCGCUUGAAUGGUUCGUCGAGAUCUUCAACAAUAGCAUACUUGCAACAGAAAAAAGCGGAGAUAUCCAGGAACGAGUGAGCAAUAUCAAUCACAAAUUCAUGUUCUCCUUGUUCUCGAACGUAUGCCGUAGUUUAUUUGAAAAACACAAGCUCCAUUUUGCGUUUCUCGUCUGUGCCAGAAUUCGUAUGAAUGAUGAAUUAAUCGAUGCAAUCGAAUGGAGGCAUCUUUUGUCCGGACCUGUACCUCUAACAGAAGAUCCAAAUCCGGCGCCUGAAUGGAUUACUCCACGUUGUUGGAAGGAGAUCCAGGCACUCGAUGAACUAGAAAAUUUUCAGGAUUUCGUGAAAUUCUUCAUAAGAAAUGUGUCUCAAUUCAAAAAAAUAUUCGAUGAUCAAGAAGCGCAUAUGACUCCUUAUCCAGAGCCAUGGCAAUCGAAACUUGAUGAUUUUCAAAAAAUGUUAAUACUAAAAUGCCUUCGACCCGAUAAAGUGACAAAUGCGAUGCAAUUAUACUUAGCCAAAUAUUUAGGUCGAGAAUUUAUUGAGCCUCAAACUGCAGAAUUGUCAGCAAUUUAUGGUGAAUCUUCUCCAACUACACCUAUAGUUUUCAUCUUAUCUCCUGGUACAGAUCCUGCAGCAGAAUUGUAUAAAUUCGCGGAUAAAUUAAAAAUGACCAUGAAAUUGCAUGCCAUCUCCCUUGGACAGGGACAAGGACCCAGAGCAGAAGCUAUGUUGAAGUUAUCCGCAGAAGCCGGUUAUUGGUGUUUCUUCCAGAAUUGUCAUUUGGCUCCAAGUUGGAUGCCAGAAUUAGAUAUGUUGGUUGAAGCAUUAACACGGCAAACUAAUCAUCGUGAUUUCCGUUUAUGGCUAACAUCCGCACCAUCCCCUGAUUUUCCUGUCAGUAUUCUUCAAAACAGCAGUAAAAUGACGAUCGAACCUCCUAGGGGUGUAAAAGCAAAUAUGUUUCGUGCGUAUUUAGCGCAAGUGGGAGAAAUGCGAAUGUUCCUAGCAUCCGAACAUCCUAAAGUUCAGCAAUUUAAGUGGUUGCUGUUUUCUUUAUGCCUGUUUCAUUCUGUGUUAUUGGAACGAAGAAAAUUUGGCUCAUUGGGAUUUAAUAUAGCAUACGAAUUCACUGAUGGCGAUUUAAGAAUAUGUAUAUCACAGUUGCACAUGUUUCUUUUAGAAUAUGAUGUUGUUCCAUUCAGGGUACUCAUAUACACAGCUGGUCACAUCAAUUAUGGUGGUCGAAUAACAGAUGAUUGGGAUCGUCGAUGUGUGCUAACCAUAUUGAAAGAUUUCUACAAAAUAGAAAUUCUAUCACCGACACAUAAAUUUGAUGUAGAAGGACAUUAUGCUCAACUAACUGAUGCAACGUUCGAAGAUUACAUCGAAUAUAUAAAAACCUUUCCUCUGAACGAUGAUCCUGCGUUAUUCGGAAUGCAUCCGAACGCUGAUAUUAGCUUCGCUCAAGCUGAAACAUAUGCAUGUCUGAACACAUUACUCGCUCUUCAACCACGAGAAGUUGGAAUUGCAGCUGCAAGUAUCGAAGAAGUCACGUCUCAAUUAGCCUCUGAGAUGUUGGCGACAAUGCCUCCUAUCUUUAAUUUAUCUGCUAUACAUCAAAAAUAUCCAGUUUUAUACGAAGAAUCAUUCAAUACUGUGCUCAUUCAAGAAGCUAUACGCUAUAAUGGUUUACUAAAAGUAGUAAGGUCGACCCUAGAAGAUCUAUUGAAAGCCUUAAAAGGAUUCGUCGUUAUGUCAGAAUACUUAGAAACUGUGUCGAAGAGUUUGUAUAACAAUAGGAUUCCAACAGUUUGGCAAGAUAAGGGAUAUCCCUCUUUGAAACCUCUUGGUGCUUGGUUUCUGGAUUUGAAAGAUCGAAUUGAAUUUUUAAAAUCUUGGGAAAAUUAUGGAAUACCCCCAGCUUUUUGGAUUUCUGGUUUCUAUUUUCCGCAAGCAUUUUUAACAGGCACUUUACAAAACUUCGCACGAAAAUACGUUGUUUCCAUCGAUGCAAUUGAUUUUAGUUUUCAAGUACAAACUGAAAUGCCAAAACGAAGACCGCCAGAUGGUUGCAUUAUUUAUGGCCUCUUUCUUGAAGGAUGCCGAUGGGAUGGAAAAUUUUUGAACGAAUCUUUCCCUAAGGAAUUAUAUACUAAUAUGCCUCCUAUUCUAUUAUUGCCGGAAGUGCAUCAUAAAGAACCCGAAGGAAUCUAUGUUUGUCCCGUGUAUAAAACUAUCAACCGAGCAGGAGUGUUAAGCACAACUGGACAUUCGACAAAUUUUGUAUUACCGAUGGAGAUUCCUAGUAAACAACCACAAUCUCAUUGGAUCAAAAGAGGUGUAGCUCUAAUUUGCGCACUGGAUUAUUAACAAUAACUUGACAUUUUAUUUAUUCAAUUCUUAUUUUGUUUAUUUAAUUUAAAAUGAAAAUGUUAUUAAAAAAUACUUGAAAAUAUAUUAAAUGAAUUUUAUUUUAAUAGUAAAAAA